AUGAUACGCAAUUUAGUGAAACUUAUACGGCAAAAAUUUCUUGAAUUGAAUUUAUAUAAAAAACAUUCAAGUAAUGAACAUACUCUUGAAAAAGAACUUCUUUCUACUCGUAUUUAUUUGAUUGCAUUAAUUGUAUGUUUAUCGAUUAUUACUAUUACUGUUGCACUUAUCGUUCGACCUGUUGAUAAAAUUGAAUAUAAACCUUCACACGAGAGAUUUUCACAAUUGAUUCGUAAGUAUCCGAAUACUCUUCAUUGUCCAUGUUCAAAAUCUUCAACAAACUAUGAUAAAUUCGUUACUAAUAUAGUUAAUUUUCAUCAAGUUUGUUCAAGUGAAUUUAUUCAACAGACAUGGAUUGAAAAAUUAUUUACAAAUAAAAAGAUUUCGAGCGAAUCUGUCGAUGAUGCUCGUAUUACUCUUAGUUUUUUUUGGCAAACAAUUGCUGGUUUAUGUAUGGCAAGUAAUAAAACUUGGAAUGCUGUUCUCACAAAUUUUGAAGCCACAAGUUUUAUCACUCCUACUGCAAUUGCUGAACAAGUUAUUCGAAGUCAAGCUGAAAACGCUCUUCAAAAUCGAAUAAAUGCAUCAAAAACAAUGUCAACUCGUAAUUUACUUGCUCUUCAACGUAUAAUACGUGGAGAUCAAAUCGCAUCGGCUUUACAAACAAAUUUCUAUUUACAUUAUCCACCCGUACAUUUAAAUCCAGGGAAAACUCCAAAAAUGACAGCUCGGGAAUUUGGUAAUUGUACUUGUUUAAAUAUUGAAGGUUGUCCACGAUCUGCUACAUUUAUUGAUAAUUAUAGUCAUUUAGUUAAUGUACCAGGAAUGAUAGUAGAUUGUUUAGUUGUUGAUGGUACACUUAACUCAACACUUGAAUGUUAUUAUGAUCAAUCAUGUAUUUCAAUUUUACAUGGACAAUUAUCGAUGAAUAUUAAACCAUUAUCAAAUACAUCGAAUAAAUAUUUUUCUAUGUAUUCAAAAGUACAAUUAAUCUUCAAUGAAUUAAUGAUAGAUGAAAUAAUAACAGAAAUUCGAUUUGAUAAAUAUUUUUCCGAAUGUAAUUGUCCUCUUUGCUCAUAUUCAUAUAGAAGACGUUUUGACAUUUAUUUUAUUUUCACGGCUGUUACUGGCUCUCUUGGUAUAUUAUCAUUAAUUAUACGACACAUUGCAUCUUUUGUUGCAACAAAGAUUUUACGUCGAAAAAAUCGAAUUUUACCAGUGGAAAAUGUAUCAACUAUAACGUCUAUGGAACAGAAUCAAGAGCAACGUAUACAACUUCGAAUUCGACUUUUAUUAAAUAAAUUAUGGCAAGCAAUAAUAUCUUUAAAUCUUUUUAAAAAACAAACACAUCGUACACCUACUAACAUUUAUCGAGAACAACUCCUAACAAGAUUUUUCAUCUUUUUCAUUGUUAGUUUAUCAAUUGCUGCUGGAGUAUACACCUUUGUUGUAAAGCAAAGUCAAGUAAUAACAAUUCCAUAUCCAUCUCUUGAUACUUACAAACAAUUGUAUAAUGAUUAUCCGACCACAUUAUAUUGUCCUUGUUCAAAAAUAUCCAUUCCUAAUGAAGUUUUUCUUAAUGUAACAUUUGUAUUACAUCAAGUCUGUUCAAGUGAUAUGGUUUCAUCAGAAUGGUUACAUUAUCUAAUAUCCUUUGAUCCGACUCAUCUCGCAUUUAAUCAAGAUUUUCGUGAAAUGGGUGCUUCUUAUUUUCAGCUUUUAGCUGCUUUUUGUUCAUUAGCUGAAAUGAACAUUGCAGAUGCUCAGCAUGUAUUUAUUAAUACUGAAUUUAUUAAUGAUCGUGUUCCUCCUGAAUCACGUUUUAUUCAACAAACUGAUGCUAUGAUGACUUCAUUUAUUAAUACAACAAUCUAUGAUUUUGUACAAACAUUUAAUUGGGCGAAACUUAUUUUUAUUACUAGUCGUCUUUACAAUGGAUUAAAUACAAAUGUUAAUAUAACUAUAAACAAUGAUAAUCAAGUGGUUUCUAAGUUUCGUCGAUUUGGCUUAGUAACUCUCACAUCAGACAUGGUUGUAACCAGUACCGGCUCCUGCACUUGUGAAUUACGUCCUGAUACUUGCUAUUUAAUCCCUGAAUUUUAUAGAAAUACAACAUAUCUUGACUUUACUGAUGCAUUUAUUAAUGCAUAUUUAUUAUACAAAGUAUUAUAUCUUGGUUGUUCACCUUUAAGUGGGUUUCUCAUGUCAAGAACGAAAUGGUGGUACGAUAUCACAUAUAUGAAACGUAUUCAAGAAACUUAUUCCAUGAUUAUUCAUACUCAACUUUCACCAAAUAUCGAACCUCUUAAUGCAAAUAUAUCGACUCUAUUUGAUGAUCACACAACAGAGGAUUUACUUGGUAAAAUGCUACUCGAAAAAACAAUCAAUAAUGCAUCUUUCGAUAGAUUUUAUAGUGAAUGUAAACCUAGUUCCUGCUCAUAUACCGUUGUUCAACGUCGCAACUUUAUCGUGAUAUUAUUUCUUAUUAUUUCGAUCUGCAGUGGUCUGAACAAAGGUCUUCAACUAUUUGUUCCACUAAUUGGUAAAAUCAUUUUUAUUUGUUAUGAUUGGAGAAGAAAUCGAAAUACUCAACGAGGAUCAUCUUCAAUUGGUGUUCGUUUCAGAAACUUUCCACGUAUUAUCUAUGAUAAAAUUAAAAAUUUCAACAUCUACGAAACAGAAUCAACUGAUAACACUCAUAUUCGUCAACAACAAAUCUAUACAAGAAUUUACCUAUUUCUUUACAUAAUUCUACUCAGUAUUGUACUCUUUUAUACAAUUCUCAUCGAACGUCGUAUUACUGAAACACUUGUCUUACAUUCACUUAAUGAAUCUGAACGAUUAUUAAGUUUUUAUUCAGAUGAUAUCAGUUGUCCAUGCACAUAUACAUCAAUUUCUUAUGAUAAAUUUAUCACUGAAUUACGAGUCGAUCCAUUUCAUGAAGCAUGUGAUUUUAGCCGGUUGCCCACGAUAUUGAAAAAAGGUAAGUACAAAGAUAGUAUUCGAAUAAUUAUAUUUGCAGGUACAUUACCAGGUGUAGGUGGAUAUGAGGACUACGAUGGACCAUACUUAAUUUGGAUGAAACCUUUCAUAGAAUCCUUCUAUGAAAUUUGUUCUUUUGCACAAGAAAAUGUUAAAAAUAAUAUUGACGCAUUUCUUGUCUCAACCUUAUUUACUAAUCAACUAAUGUCUCGUAGUCUAUUUAACACUGAAAUGGAUGAAAUACUAAGUCAAUUCAAAAAUAAAACAAAAACUACAUUUGCUCAUAUGUUAGACCUUAUUCGUUCAACUACCCAAGGAAAUGCUUUACUACAUAUAUAUUCACAAGCUUGGAGUUUAGCUGCAGUUAAAACAAACGAUGGAAGUAAUAUUAAUUUCCUUACUAUACCUCUUACAUUCAACAAUAUACAAGAGAAUACAAGUUGUUUAUGUAGCACUUUACAAACAUGUCGAAUACCACGACAAGUAGAUAUAUCUCGUGGUUUGAUUACUAUUGAUGGUAUGGUCGUUGGCUGCCAUCAGCUUGAAACAUUACUUCUCUCAUCUUUGGCUUGUUUUUAUUCUCUGCAAUGCACUAACGACCUUCGAACUACUUUGCCCGCAGGACCUAUAUCAAUGGAACAGUUUGAAGGAUUAAGUACGUCAACAACACGAUUCUCUAUGAAUGACACGAUAGAAACGAUAGCAUAUGAAAUGUUUAUCGAAUCAUGGUCCAAUAAUACAUCCUAUGAAGGAUAUUUUAAUAGUUGCUCACCAAGUUAUUGUAUCCAUUCAUAUUAUCAAAAAUCUGAUGCAUUAGAAAUAUUAACAACAUUUUUAAGUGCAUAUGGUAGUUUAUCAAUUGGCAUUUACUUUAUCGUACCUUAUCUUGUUAAAUUAAUUAAAAAAAUUUUAAUUUGCUUUCGAAUUACUCAACAACAAUGA